AUGACUGACAAAGUAGAAGGAAGGAUUGCUGGAGGCGAGGAAGUGGCCAAUAUGUCCCAGUUUCCUUUCGUAGCACAAGUGACCACAAAAUAUAAAUUUUGUUCAGGCGUCAUUAUAAGCGAGAACUACAUUUUAACUACAGCGUACUGCGUUCGUGGUUAUGAUUCACAUCCUCAGGACAUUGAGGUUAGAGCUGGCAGUGCAGUCCGUGGCGAGGGAACUCUCAUACCGAUCGUCGAAGCAACCGAGCAUCCGCAGUACUCUGGCGAUGAGUACGACGUUGCAUAUAUGAGGACAAUGGCACCUCUUGUCUUCGGGGAAGAUAUGGAGCCGGGCGUGUUGGUCUCUACUCAAGCCCAAGUGCCUUCCGAUUUCUACCUUACCGGUUGGGGGAACACAACUUAUUCAGAUGACCCACCAAAGGAGGUCACUCGGAAGGAUGAUGUUCAGGCCGCUCAGUGUUAUGGUGUUCAAGUUGCACGGAAGGAUGAUGUUCAGUCCGCUCAGGGUUAUGAUGUUCAGGUUGCAUGGAAGGAUAAUGUUCAGGCCGCUCAGGGUUAUGAUGUUCAGGUUGCAUGGAAGGAUGAUGUUCAGUCCGCUCAGGGUUAUGAUGUUCAGGUUGCAUGGAAGGAUGAUGUUCAGGCCGCUCAGGGUUAUGAUGUUCAGGUCACUCGGAAGGAUGAUGUUUAG